UUGAAGACUCGGCGCGAAGGCCAUUUUGGACUAUUAAUACCUCCCUAUGCUGCUGUCUGUGCAACUCAGUUCCACUCCGUCAUCCUUUUCUCAUCUAAACAGAAUUUGCUUGAAACAUUUAAGUAUGCGGAAGGAAUGCGACAAGCCACAGAAGCGUUACGGGACUUAAUGGAACUGGUAAAUAUGCCAGAUUUUGAAGAUCGCGAAGGUUGGAAACGCAAAAAUUCGAAUAAAAACGACGUUGUUUUCUCCAAGCGUUACUCGAUGGGAAAAGUAUUUACAAUGAAGGUAGAUUUUUUAUUCAGUCGUCCUUCACCAAAGCCAGGCUAG